CAAUGGAUGAAGUGGUUGAUGGAGAUAAUGAACAAAAAACGGGAGAAACUGGAACUGAAACAGCAAUGGAUGUAGAUAUUCAGGAAACAACAGUACAACGUGAAAUCGAUGAUGAGAUCAAAAUAAUACCAAGCAAUGAAAAAACGUGGAUGAACCUUCGCUUUGACACAAAAGAUCAUGGAUUGCUGUGGUACAAAUGCUAUGCACAUGAUAAG